AUGCACAAAAGUGGCCCCCUCGCUGCGCGCCGCUACACACUCGUCUGUUUCCCGUUGCCCGACUCCCCGGGCGUCGAGAGCAACUCCACGCCCAUUUCAGCGCGGCAGGGCCCCGUGGCGCAGUCCGAACGCGUACCGUCAUCGGUGACCCCAGCAAAGCGGAGCGCCGCGGGCUGUACCGGCGCUCGUGUGCCCCCGGACCUCGCUGCGGACGCUCAGCGCCAGUCCCUCAGAGCCCAGCUCAGCAUGGAUGCGAAUCUGCAUGUGAAUGAGCAGAUGGAUGAAGCUCAGUCUCUUCAUGGCAGGACGAGGGAGGACAGUCUCCUCAACAAGUUGACUGAAACUAUUCAGGGGAUCGAAGCUGACAGACGGUCCAGGGUUCAGCAUAAGGAAACAGUACGUGUGAGGAGAUGCAUAGGAGAAGAACCAGGUAGAGGUAGAGAAGAAAGGAUGCCCCGUCCAGCAAAAGAUGAGAAGGAAGAUGAAGGGAGAGGAACGGGUGCUAAUGAAGAGCAGGUGGAGAAAGAGUGCAAGCAAAAAGUUUUGGGAGUGCUGAAGCAGCUGAGUGUUUUUCAUUCAGAGAGAGUGACGGCAUGGAGAGACGUCCUCAGAGAAUGUGCCUCCAUGCUCAACAAGUCUCGACCAGAACCAGAUUGUAAAGUCAUGCCUCGUUCAGACUCCUUCAGUGAUACUUUUCAGAGUGUUGGGGAGGACAUAGACAACAUUAUGCAAAAACUGAGCACAAUCGUAACCAAACUGGAUGCAGAAAUUCUCCAAUUAGCUGCAGAAAAAGCCUCAAGUGUGGAUGCAGCACUUCAGGAAACCAUAGACCCAGAAACUUCAGUGCAACCUGAAGAUGGCAACAAUCACCUGAGCUCCCAUGAUCCACAUGAAUCUGACUCUGGGCGUACACAGGAGUUUGAGGUUGAAGGUGAUCAAAGCCAUACAAGGCCAUCACCCGACACUGAACAAACAUCAGACUUCAGAUUCAGCAGUUCUGACUGCAACGAUGUGAAAGAAGCUGGGAGGGAAUUAGAGGUCAAAGGUCUAGUUAGUGAUAAUGAGGACUGUAUUUCUCCAGUGGGUCAGACUGAUUUACUAAAGGAGACAGAAAAAGAUGCACAGAGAAUAGAUGUCAAAGGCAAAGAAGAGACAAAGAGCGAAUGGAUCACAGUAGGGCUCGCUGGUAAAAUGGAGGGCAGCCAAUCACACGUGCCAGACGCAUGCUUUAUCAGAGCACCUAUGGGUGUGGCUGAAGUCCUGAGAUGUGAAGUGGCCGACGCCUUCAGCUGCCUCAUAGUGACCGGCUCCGAGGAGCUGGUCAGCAGAGUGAUCAGGGUCGCAGUUCACGGCAGAGCCAACUUCCAAUUCCCUGUGACUGUGGUCGUGCCUUUCUGCACACGUUACCGUGGCAGCUACAGGGAUGUCGCUGUCAAGAUAUUUGAUGGGGAGAGGAGGGCGAGCUACGUCACUCCUGUAUCAACAGAGGGCUCGUAUGGAGGACAGAGGGGCUCUUUUGCAGAGGUAAGGGUAUAUUCCCUUGGACUCUUUGCUGUGGUUUCCUGCCUAAAGAGAGAAAAUUACACAGUUCCCAGAAGAGGUUUGUCACUCAAGCUCCCCAUGGACCCCCGCAUUUGUCUCAACUACCUCCCAGGAGCCUUCACCGCUCCAGUAAUGGCACAAACCAUGAUCCAGCCUGUAGACGCCGUCCUCCUGGCUACCGUCAGGUCCAGAAGUGAUGUCUAUUAUUCAGUGGUGUCUACGAGCCCGCUACUCUACCUCGUCCACCCGACCACACAGCCUUUGAGAAGACCUCUCACUGUCACCCUUCCCUGUCCCCCGAACCCUGAGAAAAAGAGGGACAUAAGGGGACAAGGGGAGGAGACAGAGCACCAAACCUGCUGUCUUUCUCCAGCGUGGGAUCAACUUGCUUCCCACAGACUCAGAAUACUAGGCGCCUCCUUGAAGUCCCCAAAGGAAACGUCCAAGGAGCUGCUGAUUGUUCUGGGCUCAAGGGACAAACAGUGGAGCGUCCUGGAGAGGGUCACUGUCAGAAACCAGCAGAACGGACUGGCGUCCUUUGAGCUGACAGAGAACUUUGAAAGACUGCUGGUGGUUCGUCUCCUCUCCCCACUGCAGCCUUGUCACCUCACCUCCCUGGCAGAGGAGUUGGAGGGAUCGGUCGGCUGCCACACGGUCACCGUGGUCCUCCAGUGCCGACAAGACGAGCCUCACACCGUCCUGGUGGCUGCCCUGCCCAGCCGAGACCUCAGCUGGGAGCUGAACAGACUGCGAGCUCAGGGCUACAGCGGGCUCCCGGAGACCUCGUCGGACAUCUCCAUGUGUGAAGGAGAUCAGCUUCUCCUACGUUUCAGUGGCAACAUCGCCUCCACAGGAGCUCACAACGACCAAAACCAUGUCCCGCACGAGCGGAUUGCCUUUCACAGCCAGCGCACGAAUCACCUCUUAGUGCGUCUAACUGAAGUGGACCCAUUUGGGAACUACAGCUCCCCUCACUACAAGGGGACGGCCGCGUUUUACAAGGUCACCAGAAGUCAGCUGGAGUGGCGGGGGGACAAGGCCGUCCCGAAGGACAUAAAGCUCCUCGGAGAUCCCGUGUGUAAGCUGUCUCUGACUUUACCCAAGAAAGUGAGAAGCAUUAAUCGGCCCAUCACAACUAGAGUGAUGUUAUGUGAGGAGACAGAUUCCCUGUCAGACUCUCUUCUUCUCUGGCUGGCCGGGGAACUUUCAGAGGAGGAAAUAGCCCUGUUGGUGCUCUCCCUGCGCCUCCGUCGUAGCGCUGCUCAACUGGUGAAGCUCCGGGCCGGGGGCAACCUGUCCACCCAGGCCUUCCACGUCCUGGCCAUGUGGAGGAGAGGCCUGCCCGCUGCCCCACACCAACCCAAGGCCUCCCAGCUGGCUCACUGCUUGGCCAAGAGCGGAAGGCAAGAUCUGGCCAGAGAGCUGCUCCUGCGACAGGCUGCCGCCACCAGACAGGGCUCGCUGAAAUAA